AUGAGCACUGAUUUUGCUGAACGCAGCUGCGUACGUUGUUUUGAUAAUUGUUUUUUGGCUGGGACAAAGGAUUUCAACGCCACUUUGGAUUUUGACAGUGUUGUGGGCAGCUCUCCAACUUUAAAAAUGGUUCAGAAUUACAAGCAGACGUCUGGAGCCUGUUCCCAAACCAACACUGAGGAACUACUCACACCAGCACAUGAGGAAAAUGUGCGAUUCAUUCAUUACACUUGGCAGCGUGUCAUGAGAGAAAUGCAGACUUGCCAGGGAAGAGAAAACAAUAACCAGGGACCUCAGAAGUAUGUGGAGAGGACGCCAAACCCUGCACUAAGCUCUUUUACACCAGUGGACUUGAAUGAUGUGAAAAGGAAAAACACACAAGACUCCAAAAAGUCUUCAUGAAACAAUUGGAUUUAUCCAGCAUAAAGACUUAUCCAGCAUAAAGACUUAUACAGCAUAGAUCUCAUACCUGGUGCACUGAUGUUAUUCAGGCCUUUAUUUGCCAAUCCCUGAUCUUUUUUUUUAAUUUAUCAGUGUUGUUCACUGAUAACUUUUCCCGCGUUUAGGGACAAAGUGCUGCUUUAAAAAUGUUUAAGAAAGAAUUUCCAUUGAUUUUCAUAUAGAGUGCUGCAGUGAUGUUUUUGUAUUCAACAAAUGCCUGGAUUUAUUCAUUGGCUUUUGAAUUAUUGCAGAAAACAAUAUCUGUAAAGUUUUGUUUAUAGUGAUAAUUUUCACAAAUGAGCACAACUUGGAUGUAGAGUAGAUUUCCUGAAAAUCCCGAAAUCCUUUAGCCAUUUUGUUGCCUCACCUUUUUUUUUUUCUUUUUGCUCUCGAGACAAAUAGAAUUUUAAAAAAUGCAUGGGGGUAUUACUGAUGUAUUUUAUGUUGUAGAAAAAAGCUUGUUCCCAUGUUACCUUAUUUCAGGCAUUAGCCAAAAACCCAUUCAAGAUAAUGGGAAUCAGAAAUGCUAACUCGUUUCUGGGGUUUGGCCUAAAAUAUAACAUCCCUAAAGUACUCUAUUUAAGUUAAUGUAAACUAGCAUACAUGUCAAAAAGCAUACCUAUUUGAUAUAUGAUUUUUAAGUCAAACCAACAAAAUAAUUUAUUUGACCCUUGUAUUAUGUUCUGGGUCAAUUUAACCCAUUUAGAUGUUUGAGCUGUCAGAAAUACCAGUUAACCUGUGGUUUUAUUCUUGAUAUUUUGUGACUUUUUCUUAUUUAGGGCCAUGAACAUGCAUGCAAAGUGAGGAUACACUGAUGUGUUUUGAAGUGCGCACACAAAUUUGUUACGAUUUUGAUGUUAGGGGGUCAAUUUGACCCACAUUUUUUUGUUGUUUUAAAGCAACUGUACAGACCCAAAUGAAAUAUAUUUCUUGGGUAUAUGUUGUUAUGUUGGUGUUUUACAAAAUUAGCCACCGGGUGCCAUUCAAACUCCAUUGAUUUUUUUUAAAGCAUUUUUUUCUGUCACAGAAUUUCUCUCUCAAUAUUACUUCUAUCACAAAAUAACCACCAAAUAUGGAAUCUUGAGAUGAUAUGUAUUUUGUCAAGAUUAUAAAAAGUUUUGAUUCUAAAAGACCGUUAUACAUUUUGUAAAAUGCCAGAUUUUAAGUACCAUUUCCAUGGUGAGGCAAUGUCCAAUUUCAAAAUGGAUGAAUUUGAGGUUUUAAGCUUUCAAAUGAUAUAUAAUUUAUGAUGAUUACUAAAACAUGUGAUAGGUAAAUAGGAAAUGAAAUAUAUAUUUUUUGUGACAAAGGUCAGAACCCCUAUUAAGAUGUAUAUGUUUUGAGGUGCACGCUUGUCAUAAAUUAAUCUAUUACUGUUCCUAGAUAAUUUGUAAAAAGAAAAAAAAAACUGUGGUAAAAUAUCUAUUUAGGAGUCUUAGACCUUUCCAAUGAUAUAUAGUGUGUCAUGAUUAGAUUAGGAUUUAACUGUAAUAUAGUAGUAUAGAAUAUAGUAAUAUAGAAGUAAACUUCUGCCAGCGGGACGGUGACAGUUUAGGGGUUAAAAAUCAAUCAACAUCAAUAGUAUGUACUGUGUGAAAGAUACUGAUAUUAAAAUUGUUCCGUUCAUACCCGAUUCCUUCUUGUUUUUAUUAAUGUGAAUGCAAUUCGGGUCAGUUUGACACUCUUCAUCAAAAUCGUUCCCCGGAAAUCGAACAUAAUACAAGGGUUAACAAAACAAAACGAAAAAAAAAAAAAAAAACUAUUUUCCAGUACAAUUAUUCCAUGUAACAAGAAAACAGAAAGGAUUGAAGUAAGAUUUGCUCGUAGGUAACCUACUGAACCUUAUAUGUCUAGAGUAUUGUUGAAAUUUGAAAAGGGCCAAUCAUAUCUAGCUGUUUGUGACUGAGGGUAGCAUUUAGGAAAAUAUGCUAUGUAUUAAAUUUUGUGCUUUUAAAACAUUUUAAUCAUUUUGUUUAUUUAUUUUAGUUUAUCUUGGCUUACAAUUUGAAUUUGCCAUUUUUAUGAUUUGCAGACACAGAAAGACCUAAAUUACUCAGUUUGGUACUUUUUCAUUAUUAUUAUUAAUGGUGGUUAUGGGGCAAUUUCAGUCAAUGGUUCAACUGUCCUGCAACCUCUGAUAUGUAAGAUUCUCUCUGGUAUAUAAAAGAUUAUUUUCAUGUAGCAUAUUUUCUCCCAAUAAUGGAUAUAUUGUUUCUGAAAACACUGAUUGUUUCAUUGAAAACAUAUAGACAUAUGCACAUAUAAACAUACAAUGUUUAUAGAAAUAAUAUUUCUCUCUAUUUGAAUUCUAUUUUUUAUAAUUUUGCCUGGUUCCUUUAACAAGCAUUUAAACUCACUGUCCACAAAUUUGCAUGAUUAUUUUUUGUUUUACUAAUGUUAAAAUGGUUCACAAAUAUUAAAACACAAUAAAUACCAUCUAUUUUGGUUUACAGAUUUCUGCAAGAAAGGUACAGCACAAAGAUUUGGUACAGACCAAUGCAUUAUCAUUAAUAUUUUCACUUGGAAAUAGUUAAUUUAUUAACUUAACUAAUUAUAUACAAACUCUAUUUCAGUUUCUCUAAUUGUUCAAUAUUUCUUUUGCUGCAUUAGUUUAUCUCAAUAACUGUACCAGUUGUACAACUGGUAACCAAUUCAUCUUACUCCACUCUUUCCAACCAUUGCAUAAACCACAUAAUAAAUGGUUUACUCAUAAAUCAUGUGGUUUAUGCACCUUAAUAUAAUAUAGUAAUCAGGGCAAAACCAUACCAUCUGUUUUAAAAUAUAUAUAUAUUGUGGGUUAUUUAAUCCCCAAAUUCUACAUUUGUAGGAUGUAAAAUAUACCAUUGUACAAUAAACAAACAAAAGAAUCGA